AUGCUCACUUAUAGAAGAUCUAAGCACCUUGAGGUGAUUGGAUAUUCAGAUUCAGAUUUUGCUGGAUGUGUUGAUACAAGAAAAUCAACACUUGGCUACAUAUUCCUAUUAGCCGAAGGAACAAUUUCAUGGAAGAGUGUGAAGCAGUCUGUCAUUGUUGUAUCCACUAUGGAGACUGAGUUUGUAGCUUGCUUUGAGGCUACCGUUCAUGGAAUAUGGCUGCAAAAUUUUAUUUUAGGACUUGGAAUUGUCGAAAGUAUAGCCAGGCUGCUGAAAAUUCGUUGUGAUAAUUCUGCAGCAGUUUUCUUCUCUAAAAACGAUAAGUAUUCUAAGAGUGCUAAGCAUAUGGAGAUAAAAUACUUUAUCGUUAAAUAA